AUGUUAUGGACACAUUUGAUCGCCUUCUUAUUGAUUCUUCAAAUAUCGUCUUCUCAAGAUACUAAUGGCGAGAAUCGAGCAAUAAUUAGACCAUUACAGUCUAAUGUAACAGUAACUAGUGGACAAAAAGCAAGAUUAACAUGUGUAUUCGAUCGUAUAAAUCAUGAUUUGUCUAUUUCAUCAACUCAUCAAUUAAUAUGGAUCCGGCAAAGUCAUGCAUCAUAUGACGCUGAUUUAAUUCUUGCACAUAAUCAAGAUUCCUUAAUAUCCGAUGAUCGUUUAUCUAUUCAACGUACUGAUAUUGAUUAUUCAUUAGUCAUAACUAAUGUAAAUAUUGCUGAUGAAGGACUUUAUGUUUGUGAAGUGAAUACAGAACCACCGCAAAAAGCUACGAUUAGUUUAUAUGUUCAAGAAGAAUUUCUCGCGAUUUCAAAUCGAGCAGAUGAUCGCUUUUUCCUAAUUGCUACUAUGUUCUUGCCCAUCGUUGCUCAAGUUGCAUAUAUCUUCGAUGUCUUUUAUUACCAUUCAACUGGUAAGACAAAUAAUGGAUAUGAAGGUUUACUUUCGUCGAUUCUCAGUGUCUUCGCUUAUUUACAAUAUUGCGUGCCGAUUCAAUCGCGAUGGAUUUGCUUUUUCUAUCAUUUAUUUCUUUGGUUUCUGGCAGAGAUCGGCACAUUAGGUCACUUGAUCUCCUAUGCCAAACGAGAUGAUCAAUUUCAUGUAAUUCUCUAUUCCAUUUGGGGCAUUAUCGACUCGAUUUAUUUCGUCAGUUUAAUCUACUGUCGUGUCUUUCCAAAAGCGCAUCAUUUACGUGUGCAUAUGGCCAUCGAACAACGGCAUUUAUUCCAUUUUAUCUCGCGCUUAGAAGUGAUUCUUGCGAUAUUCAUUCCCGUCUUCUUUGAUACACGUUUAAUCACGCUCACUAAGGAUAAUAUCGCAUUUUACAUUCUAUUUGAUUUUUUCGCAGAAUACUACCAUCGUUUUCGUGGCUUAGCAAUCAAAACAACACUGUAUGUGUUUGUUAUCGCAGUAACAGGAUCGGUGGCAACCGAAUGGAUACAUAUUGCCAAGCGGGAGCAUCGGUUUGAAAUUGUCUCAUCGAUAUAAAUACCAACAAUUAUUGAUAAUGGUACAUCAUCACCUCUUAUUGUCAACGAACAUGAUAAUGUAACAUUGGAAUGUUAUGCUCGAGGUCGACCUCCACCAUAUUUUUCAUGGUUUCGAUUGAGUGGAGAUAAAUCAGAUCGUACAGAGAUUGGCAAUCAAAUUUCGGGAACUCAUCAUGAUGGACUGUUUCAUAUAAUCGAUGUGAAUCGUUAUCAAAGUGGACACUAUGAAUGCCGAGCAUCGAAUGGCGUUAACGAGCACAUCGUGAGCAAAAAUAUUGAAUUACGUGUUCUCUGUAAGUAA